GUCUGCAAUGAGAAAAGAGUGAUUAGAUGUAUGGGUGACCGAGCCGUGCUUUCAAGCUUAGUCAUGUAGGGACAUAGCAAUUUGUAAACAAAAACAAAUCCGAUAGGAAGAAGGGAGAAAUCUAUCAAUUUUGUAUAGUAAAUUCACUGCAGUUAAACCAAUUUAUUAUUUCUAAAUCAAUGAUAAGGUUUAGGUAAUCAAAGAGUUGGAUGGUAAAAAGGUAUUGGAGUGCGAUUGAGUUUAAACUAAAUCUUGUAAGUUUAGCGACGAAUUUAUUUAGUAAUUAUAUAUAAUAAAAAUGAACAUUUUGCAGUUUGAGCCGAUCUACAAAGGCUGCUCCAAAAACUUAGUUUAUCUUCGCAACAAACUCAAAAAGAUUUAACCUGACCAUACCCACGAAAAGAUGCCGGACAAUCCAAGUAUUGCUACUACAACUUGUGGAGCCUGCGGUUUAGUCAUACAAGACGGGGAACUGGAAUGUGCAUCCUGUGGUAGCGGAUACCACUAUCAGUGCGUAGGCGUAAUGAGAGAGGAGCUAGUAUGGUAUUGUCUACAAGAAGAUUGCCAAAAUCAAAAGGAUCUAGUUGAUCAAGCUUCGAAAACAGGAACGAGGAAGAAAAAGAAGAAACCUGUAGAUGACAACACGGAUGCAUUCAGUGUAAAAUCUGACGGCAAACUCUGUCCCACUUUGGAUAGUCAAGCGAGAUCUUUGUCGAGGAAGAAACAGCUUCAGUUGGAGGAAAUACAGGAAGAACGUAUUUUGAGGGAGAAGCGCCUGGAAGUGGAACACAUUCUUCAUCAACGAAGGCUAGAGAUGGAAAGUGAAUUACAUGAAAAAGAAUUGCGACAGGAAAACCGGCUGUUGGAGAAAAUCUUGGAGGAGAGGCAGAAUCAUUUGAAGCGAAUGAAGAAUAUGCAUCAAUCGUACCAAGCACGGUUCGAUAAAAUCCAGUAUGAGCUGGAUAAAAUGAAGCAACGUAAUCGAAACGGAUCAAGAGAAUUUUCAAUUAACGAUGGGACACUCGAUAAAGGACAUAGCGUGGAUUUCUAUGAAAACUCUGCCGCGAAUGAAGACAGCUCGGAAGAAGAAGAUGGUGAAGUAUUCAUGGACGAUCCAAGGGAAGAAACCGACAAGGAGUCAGUUAGUCGGAAAAGGAAGAAGCGGAAUAAAAGGAAGUUUGGCAGAAAGAGCACGGAGUACGCAGUAGAGCGACUUCCGGCCAUCCCAACGAAAGCGCAGUUAGCAGCGCGAAAUGGCAUUUCUCAGAAACUUCCAACAUUUUCCGGGAAACUUGAAGAAUGGCCGUUGUUUAUCGGCAGUUAUAGAGCAUCUAAUGAAGCCUGCGGGUAUUCCAACGUUGAAAACUUGGUUCGUUUGCAGGAAAGUCUGAGAGGCCAAGCAUUAGAGAGCGUCCGAGGACAGCUGCUGUUUCCAAAAACAGUUCCUAAUGUAAUCAGUAAGCUUCAACAGCUUUAUGGGCGGCCAGAACUGCUAUUACAAUGGCACCUUGAGCAGUUGCAAAAUUUGAAAGCGCCAAAGUCAGACAAACUCGCAAGCUACAUUCCAUUCGGCAACGCUGUGGAUCAACUCUGUCAACAUUUGGAAGCGGCGGACCUGCGGCAGCAUUUAAUGAAUCCCCUCCUCGUUCAACAGUUGGUUGAUAAGCUCCCUUCCAACGAUAAGCGGGAAUGGAUUCGUUUCAAAAAGCAGCAAAAGAAGGUAACGCUUCAAACAUUCAACGAAUUUGUAUCAGGUAUUGUAUCUGAAGCGUGUGAAGCAAAUGUGUGCAUAGAGUAUGAAAUGGAGCAUUUUGAGUACAAAACGGCACGAGAUGCACACGAUGAGCAUGAUGAGCGAUCGGGAUCAAAUUACACAGAAAAAGAGGCAGUUUACACGCAUUUCACUCCAGAAGCUAAGUACGAUAGAAAUCAGCAUCGAAGGUCUUGUAAGAUGUGUGGACGAAACGACCACCGUCUUCGAUUCUGUCGGCAUUUUAAGGAAUUGUCGGUUGAACAUCGUAUGAGAGUUGUUAACGAAUGGGGGCUAUGCGCAGUGUGCCUAAACUAUCACGGAAACGCACCUUGCCACUCAAAACUGCGCUGUAACGUUCGAUAUUGUGUCGGGGAACACAAUACCUUACUGCAUCCGGUAGGAAAAAAUGUGAAACUUGGUGACAAUGUUAGCUCCAACAGUUCCACUUUGUUUCGCAUGAUACCAGUGACACUAUAUUAUGGGACAAAAUCAAUAGAUACACUGGCUUUCCUAGAUGAAGGCGCAUCUGCGACGUUGAUAGACGAAACCCUGGCAGAUCAGUUAGGCGUGAUGGGAACCAAGCAGCAGUUCACACUUGACUGGACAUCAGGAAUCACACGUGUUGAACAGAAAUCUCGACAAAUGAAUCUGUUAAUAUCAGCCAGGAAUGGACUUCAGAAGUUUUCACUUAAUAAUGUACGCACAGUAGACAACUUACAGUUACCUUUGCAAUCCCUGGACACAAAUGAAGUCAAGGCACAAGCUUCUAUAAUAGAGGAUCUCCCAAUUGCUCCUUACGAGCUCCAGCGUCCGGGUUUGUUAAUUGGUUUGAAUAAUAUAAAUGUCAUCGCUCCAAUCAAUGCUAAAGUGGCUAAAUCAGGAGAAUUAGUAGCUGUACAAUCUAAGUUAGGAUGGGCAGUGUAUGGACAGAAACAAAAGGAAAUUUAUGAAAACGAAAGAAUGAAAGCCUGAUCGAUGCAGACCAUUCCAUAAAACAGUGAUGCAUGAAAGUUUAAGGUAAAUCGGUCCCACUCCAUGAAGGUACCGAUGUUACGGGGUGGAGUUUGUUGGCAUCACUGGCAGCAGUGACGUCUGCAAUGAGAAAAGAGUGAUUAGAUGUAUGGGUGACCGAGCCGUGCUUUCAAGCUUAGUCAUGUAGGGACAUAGCAAUUUGUAAACAAAAACAAAUCCGAUAGGAAGAAGGGAGAAAUCUAUCAAUUUUGUAUAGUAAAUUCACUGCAGUUAAACCAAUUUAUUAUUUCUAAAUCAAUGAUAAGGUAAGAACUAAGAUAUGCUGUAAUGUACGAACUAAUUUUCAUUGAUAAUUACUAGGUUUAGGUAAUCAAAGAGUUGGAUGGUAAAAAGGUAUUGGAGUGCGAUUGAGUUUAAACUAAAUCUUGUAAGUUUAGCGACGAAUUUAUUUAGUAAUUAUAUAUAAUAAAAAUGAACAUUUUGCAGUUUGAGCCGAUCUACAAAGGCUGCUCCAAAAACUUAGUUUAUCUUCGCAACAAAACCAUUUCAUCCGCAUUU